UAUAUAUACCCAUUAUAAUCACAUGAAAUCUUGAUUAGCCGCCAAUCUCAAACUUCUCCACAUAAAAGGAAAACAAAUUAAUUCUUGCACACCAGUUACGUUUAAAAUGGAGGGAAGUUCAAGUUCAAGUUCAAGAGGCAAAGCCAUGCAAGAAAGGGAAGAGAAGAAGGACAAAGUGCGAUACCGCGGCGUCAGGCAGCGGCCCUGGGGGAAGUUCGCGGCCGAGAUACGCGACCCGACUCGGCAGGGAGCGAGGCUGUGGCUGGGGACGUUCGACACGGCGGAGGAGGCGGCAAGGGCGUACGAUAAGGCAGCGUUUAAGUUGAGGGGCCAUCUUGCAAUUUUGAAUUUUCCAAAUGAGUAUUAUUCUCAGCUUGCUAUUCCUCCAUAUAACCCCACAUUUUCGUCGUCGUCGUCUUCAUCGGGUGGGCAGGAGAAGAUUGAGCUGGUAUGUCUGGACAACAGUUUGCUGGACGAGAUGCUUGAAUCGUCGGAAAAGAAGAAGAAAUGAUCAUGUGAAGAUUGAGCCGAGCU